AUGCGAAUCAUCCGAUUAUCCAGCGCACCUUCCGUUCCUCCUCCUCCGAUCACUGCCCCGCUGAAAUCAGCUUUCUCAUCUUCUACCUUAGUCUAUCCUCGUCAAAAUUCAACAACGCUUAAAGAAGAUCGAAAAUCGUAUCUUUUAACUGUCAUUUCCGCAUCACUACUUCCCCCUCUUUUAUAUACAUCAUCAUUCCCUGACAUAGUUUACCAUCCGCCCUACGGGCCUACGGGAGUUGAGAAGGGUCCUAAAGCAGUGGCGAUCAACCUCAACGAUAUCGCAGACACCAAUGUUUCUGCUUCUGGGACCAGGGACGAGGUGAGUGAUGGUUUGGUUAUAUAUGUUGGUAUAUUACAAAUCUGUUCCAAGUUCAAUACCGAGGCUGAAGUCAAUUGUACUUCGUCUUCUCAAGCUGAAUAUCAUUCAUCGUUUCUUCCUGAACCUCUUCGUCCCACUCUUCUUUCCCUACCUCUCUCACCACCUACACCAAUCCUCUUAUUGGUCUCAGCCAUCCUGCUAUUCCUAACCACUGCAGUAUUCAUAGCUGGUCUUAUCCCUUGGAAGUGCUCAGUGUCUUUUGACUGCUUGCAUCGUAAACCACCUUUACCUGCCGAUCCUCAUUGGUCCUGCUUUCGUUCACCAUAUCAGAAAACCGAUGGUUAUACUGAUUCUUCAGAGAAUCUCGUUCAGUCUAGCAAAUCUAGAGGGAAUGGUAGAGGGACUAUGAUCAGAAGGGAAAGACCACAUUUGGCUUUUUUCACUUUGGUCUGCAUAGCUUUGGGUUUGACUGCUGGGUCAUUAGUACAAUUACAUAUUGUCAGACGAGCUCAGGACGUGUGGGGUAAUCAGGAAGGUAUGGAGGUGGGGAUGGUUUGGGAAAUGGGAGUGUUAACUUAUCUAUUACCAAUCUUACCGAUCUGCCUCAUCCUCACUUUAUUCCUUGCAGGUUUACCGUGUAUUUAUACUUAUCUCAAGAAUACUUUCCGUAAUUGCCCUGCAGAUCACGACAACGAUGGUGAUGAUUAUCCCGUUCCAGACUCAACAACUGAUACCGAGAUUAAGUUGGGUGAACUCGGGAGAAGAUGGGACCAGACCCCGAUUAUCAAUCCUUCUCCUGUAUAUGUCUCUGAGACAUACGAUUUACCUCAGGUCAGAAUAGAGAGUAAGAGGAGUACGAUGGAAUCUGUCGGUAAGGCUUUGUGA